AUGGACGAGUUCGCGCAGACUCGAGGAGGCGAUGAUUUGUUUGACGAUGAGAUCGUCCCGGUUCCUGCAGAACAAGCUCAGCCAGAAGUUCAACCGCAGGUGGAAGAACCUGUUGCUCCUGCUCCUGUUGCUGCUGAGAAGCCGGAUAGUCACGAUGUACAGCCAGCUCGUAUUGACACCCCACCGCGUUCGCGUGGUGGAGAACGAGGCCGGGGACGGGGCCGAGGUAGAGGUCGUGGUGGACGAGGAUCGCAUCAAUCCGGCCAAAGACGCACAGAAGGAGGCCCGAGGAACAAGGCAGGGGAGAAUGCUGCCGAGAAAGAGGUUAAGAAUGUGGAGGAACCAGUUCAGGACAAGCCCGUCGAAGGGACAGAGGAGCCCAAUAAAGAGGAUGAUGCCGCAUCGGACUCUAAAGUGGCCAACGGGAGUGAAGCGCAACGUGUGCCUGCUGUCCGUGGAGAUAGGAGUGCCACAGGUGGACUGAAGAAGCCAAAACUCACCGAAGAAGAGCUCUCACAGAAAAUUGCGGCUGCAAAAGAGAAUGCUGCUAGAAAAGCCGCAGCCCACGCCCGCGCCGAAGCCGACCAGGCAUCAUUCCUCGAGCGCGAAAAGGUUGCACAGGAAAAGCGACGUCAAGAGCGCCAAAACCGCGCUGUCAUGGACAAUGAAAGAGAGCGCAACCGACAGCGGAAGCUUGGCGCCUUGACUGGCCGAGAGUGGGAUGCUGUGAAGCGGGAAGAGGACUACAAUCCGCGUGGCGGAAAGAGUGGAUUCCGACGAGGAAUGCACGGCGGAGUCUCGGGGUACACUCGACGGGAGUUUGACGAUGGCCACCCUGGAGAAGAGAUAUCGGACCGCCACCACCAUCCAAACAACCACCGUGGACGAGGAAGGGGAAGAGGUGGGCGGGGCCGCGGGAACGCUCGUGGCCCUCGAGGAGAUUCAUCAUUUGAUGGUGCACCUGAUGGUCCUGCUGCGGAGGAAUCUAAGCCUUCGCCUUCCGCUCCAGUCAUUAACAACGAAACCGAAUUCCCUGCACUGCCCGGGGACUCGAAGAAAGACAGCACUUCUCCCGCUAAAAUUGCAACCGCCCCGGUUGCUGCGCUUGACAAACUGGAGUCCCUGUCGCCCGUGAACGGAGCCACAUGGGCCGAUCAAGUCGAAUCGCAGUAA